UUCUCUGCAUGACACGUGUUUUGAGGGUGCUCCGGCUGAAGCGCGUCCCGAUUUUCCAACAACUUUGCAUCGAAGAGGUUCUGUUCUACAAGACCACUUCAAACUGGCUGGUGCUCAAUGAAGGCCACCCACAGGCGCACCCGACGGUGGUCCUGGGCAUCUCCGGCAAGCCAGAGAAGAUGUGCAACCUGGAGCUCGUAGAGCGCGACAAGAUACCGUUGAUCAAGAGGUUCUCAGGCGGAGGAACUGUGAUCGUCGACGGAAGCACCAUCUUCGCUUCCCUUAUCGUGAACCAGGCGGAUGUUCCUGAGUGCAAGCCUUACCCGAGAGAGAUCAUGGACUGGAGCAAAGGCAUUUACGGCCCGGCGUUCCGGAGUGCGGUCACCAAGCCGGAGCUGGAGCUGGGCUUACGGGAGAACGAUUACGUGUUCGGCGACCUCAAGUUUGGCGGCAACGCGCAGGCCAUCACCAAGGGGCGGUGGCUGCACCACACUUCCUUCCUGUGGGACUUUGACCCCACCAACAUGUUGUACCUGCAGAUGCCAGAAAAGCGGCCACAGUAUCGUGGAGAUCGCGACCACAAGGCGUUCUUGACACCUCUCAAGGACCACGUCGGGCGGCGGGAAGACUUGUGGGCGGCAGUGAAGGUGGCCGCGGGGGAACACUUCGUACUCGAGGAGGUGUCAAUUUCGGACGUUCUCCGAGACAACCAUAGCAGCAGCAGCGGUAGCAGCGGCGGCAACAGCGGUAGCGCUUGGAUGGAGGCCUGCCGCACCAAGUUUGUGGGGUUGGAUGGGAAGGCAGUGCCGCCACCCCCCGGCGGUCACGACGACACGACGCUCGCAUGA